UAGUAGGCUAGCUGGCUAGUUAUGCCUCCUUUUUCUCUGUGCUGAGAGCAUCUCUCUGCACAUGUAGACUCCUCACUGGAGCACGCGCGCACACACACACACACACACACACGCAGGAGGGGGCAUGGCUCAGGAGCCAGUGACAGCAUGGAGCUGUGAGCAGCACACCGCCACACACACAACUGCGGGACACAGGACUGCAGGAACCGGCAGAGUGCUUAUACAGAGCAGCGUCCACCACCACCUCCACCACCGCCUUCCCCACUGCCUCCACCCCGGGAGCAGGCUGCUUUAAUCGGCUUCAGGACGCAGGGAGCCUCCCUUCAGCACCGCUCUCCUCCUCCCCUACAGUCAGUGCGGCUCUGCUCUCCUUCAGCCUGACACCAAACAAAACUGAGCUCUGGGAGCUUUCGCUCAGCACUUCUUCACCCGGGGAAAGACUCAGCAACUCCUCUGUGUGUGUGUGUGUGUGUGUGUGUGUGUGUGUGUGUGUGUGUGUGUGUGUGUUAGUGUAAACAGCGAGCUAACUGUCUUUAAGCAGCAGUAAAAGCGCGGAGCAUGGCGGGAGUGUAAGCUGCUCUGUCAUUAUUUCACUGGAGAAGCAGGAGGACACUUCUCAGCAUGAACACCAACGGGCCUUACCAGCAUCCUGGCCAAGCGGCCAUCGCCUGCUUUCGUUGUCGAGAGAUGUGCAAAGGAGAGGUGGUGCGAGUGCAGAACGUCCACUUCCACGUCAAAUGCUUCACCUGCCAAGUGUGUGGCUGUGACCUGGCUCGCUCCGGCUUCUUCCAGAAGGGUGGAGAGUACAUCUGCACGGAGGACUACCAGCGUCUGUAUGGCACCAAGUGCGACAGCUGUGGAGACUUCAUCACCGGGGAGGUGGUCUCAGCACUGGGUCGCACCUAUCACCCCAGGUGCUUCGUCUGCAGUAUAUGCAGGAAGCCGUUCCCCAUUGGAGACAGGGUGACCUUCUGUGGGAAGAAGUGUGUGUGUCAGCAGUGCUCACAGACGCUCAUCAGCAGCAACGAGCCCGUCAAGAUCCACGGCCCCAGCCAGUGUGCGGGGUGUAAGGAGGAGAUAACUCAGGGUCAGUCGCUGCUGGCUCUGGAGAAACAGUGGCACGUCAGCUGCUUCAAGUGUCAGACCUGUGGAACAGUUCUAACUGGAGAGUACAUCAGCAAAGAUGGGAUUCCAUACUGCGAGUCAGAUUACCACAGUCAGUUCGGCAUCAGGUGUGAAACCUGCAGCAAAUACAUCAGUGGAAGAGUGCUGGAGGCUGGUGGAAAGCACUACCACCCCACCUGUGCCCGUUGUGCCCGCUGUCACAUGAUGUUUGCUGAGGGAGAGGAGAUGUACCUGACAGGUUCAGAGGUCUGGCAUCCCAUGUGCAAGCAGGCAGCGAAGAUUGAGAGGAAGCUCAGGCUAAGAAGGACCUCAGAGGCCUCCAUCUCCCCACCUGGCUCCAGUAUAGGCUCUCCCAGCAGGGUCAUUUGUGCCAAAGUGCAGAAUGAGAUUCUCAAUUACAAGGAUUUGGCCUCAGUGUCUAAGAUUAAAGCUAUUUAUGGCGUGCAGCGUCCAGAUCUCAUUCCGUACGAGUCCUAUCACAGAUACUCUUCUGAUGACAGGCUAGAGCGCUACAGCUAUGGGGAGUCUCUGGGAACACUCUCUCCAUAUUCUCAGGAUAUCUUCGACAGCUGGGACUUCAGGCACCGGCGGUCCUCCAGCCCGGGCUACAUCGACUCGCCCACAUACAGCCGGCAGGGCAUGUCUCCCACUGUGCCCCGCUCACCUCAGCUCUACUACCGCUCCGGCACUGAGAGUGGCAGAAGCUCUCCCUAUUACACUCAGCUUGACGCCAGGUCCGGCACGCCCACCACCUACCAAGCACCCAAGCAUUUUCAUGUGCCAGCCUCCGGGGAGUCCAACAUCUACAGAAAGCCACCCAUCUAUAAGAGACAUGCUGCGAAGAGUAAAACCAGUGAAGAUAUUUUGUCUUCCCCUUUUUCAUCCUACUCUCCAGACCACUACCAGCAUUCAGAGUCAGACUACUACCAGUACGGAGGCUCUCCGAAAGUUUCUCGAGCUCGCAGAUUCUCUUCAGGAGGAGAGGAGAAUGGUUGCAACCAGAGCAUUAACAGAAUCCAAGCUGGGAUUGGACGGAUGAUCCUGAAGGAAGAGAUGAAGGCCAGGUCCUGUUCCUAUGACAACGACCCUUGGGCCAGCGCUCGGAACUCUCGCAGUGGGAGUAAAGAGGCGCUACACAACCUCGGCUACAGUAACACUGUUAACGGCUCUCCCAGAUCUCACUACAGUGCAGACAGUGAUACCUUCAUUUCUAAAUCUGCCUCGUUGCCAGGGUACGGGAGAAACGGAAUAAACCGGCCCCACAGUGCUGACUACUUCCACUAUGACAGCACUAAUGCAGUCAACUGGGGAUACCGAGAAUACAAGAUUUACCCAUAUCAGGAUCUGAUGGUCACUAUCCGAGGGCAUAACCAGCUCCCAAGUGAUGUGGACAGGACAAGAUUAGAGAGACACCUGUCCCCUGAAGAAUUCUACCGGAUCUUUGGGAUGACCAUAGCAGACUUUGACCGCCUGGCACUGUGGAAACAAAACGAGCUGAAGAAGCAGAUGAGGCUGUUCUAAAACUUUAACUGCAGGAGCUGGAACUGGACCAGGACCAGAAAGCACUGGAGGACCGAAUCAGUCUGCAUAAACUAAACUACAGGA